GUUUGUUCUUCUUCGUGACUAUAGAGACACAGAGUGAGAAGCAGACGAUCAGAUUCACCUUCAGACCAAACUAACAGCUUCCUCUGAGUGAGUCCAGCUACAGGAGAGAAAAGUGGGAACUCCAACACUGCUGCUUCAACCUGUGGACACACACUGAAUCUGCACUCAGAGACUAAAUGGCUUCCAGACCAGAGGAGACUCUCUGCAGUCUGCACUCUGAGAAACUCAGACUCUUCUGUCUGGACCAUCAGCAGCCAGUGUGUGUCGUCUGCAGAGACUCAGAAAAACACACCGAUCACAGAUUCAGACCCAUUGAUGAAGCUGCACGACGACACAAGGAGGAACUGGAGGAAACUCUGAAGCCUUUAAAUCAGAAGUUAAAGGUUUUUGAACGAGUUAAAGUGAAGUUUGAUCAAGCAGCAGAACACAUUAAGGUCCAGGCCCGACACACAGAGACGCAGAUUAAGGAGCAGUUUCAGAAGCUUCACCGCUUUCUAGAAGAGGAAGAGGAGGCCAGGAUGGCUGCACUGAGGGAGGAGGAGGACCAGAAGAGUCAGAUAAUGAAGGAGAAGACAGAGGCUCUGAGCAGAGAGAUAGCAGCUCUGUCAGACACAGUCAGAGCCACAGAGGAGCAGCUGAGAGCUGAAGAUGUCUCAUUUCUGCUCAGCUACAAGGCUGCAGUGGAAAGAGUCCAGCAGCGCCUCCUGCUGGAGGAUCCACAGCUGCCCUCACGAGCACACCUGGGCAACCUGGCCUUCAACAUCUGGAACAAGAUGAAGGACAUGGUCUCCUACACUCCUGUGGUCCUGGAUCCAAACACUGCUGAGCCACGACUCAUCCUGUCUGAAGAUCUGACCAGUGUGAGAAAAGGAGACAAACAGCAGCUUCCUGACAAUCCAGAGAGGUUUGAUGAUUAUGCCUGGUCUGUCCUGGGCUCUGAGGGCUUUAACUCAGGGACUCACAGCUGGGAUGUCGAGGUUGGAGACAAUACGUGCUGGGGACUGGGUGUGUUAGCAGAGUCUGUCCAGAGGAAGGAAGGCAUACUGUCUGGAUUAUGGGGAAUAAGGUUCUUUGUAGGUCAAUACACAGCAUUCUCUCCAUCACAUCCAUACACUGUUCUCUCAGUGGAUAAGAUGUUCCAGAGGAUCAGAGUGAAUCUGGACUGGAGCAGCGGAAAGCUGUCGUUCUCUGAUCCUGACACUAACACACACAUACACACCUUCACACACACUUUCACUGACACACUGUUUCCGUACAUUGACACUUUGGAUGACGUCCCAGUGAAGAUAUCACCAAUGAAGGUCUGUGUGACAGUGGAACAGAGCAGUAAUAGGAAUAAAAGCACAAUUAUUUAUAACUUGUUUAUGUCUGAAGAGAAAAAGUCACUGACUUUAACCUGUUAAACUCCACCUGUCCUCCGCUUCUCAUUGUUGUGAUGCUGUGUUUAGUUGGGUUUUACUUCUCGCUGCUUGUUGUUUUCCUUUUUUCAUUUCACUAUUUGCUUUUUGUUUCUAUUGUCGCUGUUUGUGUUUGUGUUACCCCUGUUCCAGUUCAUAGAAACGUUAAUGCUGCAGCAAACAGUGUUUUAGACAACAGUGUGUAAACAGCAUCUGUUUGUCGCUGUCAGCUCCAUAAAGAAACGGCACCGAGCCCAAAGUACAACUCUGCUACCUGCUGCUGGUGUGGAGUCAUUGUCUGGUCUGCAUUUAGUUUUUAGGUGUGAAACUGAUCUUAGAUCUGCUGUAGGGAUCUAGUUCUGCGGGUAGUUUUAGACUUCUCUGCUGCCUUCGAUGCAGUGGAUCAUGAAAUACUCAUAUCUCGCAUAGAGCAGUGUGUGGGAAUUCGUGGUACUGUUCUUACUUGGUUUAGAUCUUACCUCACGAAUAGAAGUUUCUCUGUUAAUAUUGGUAACUGUUCCUCCUCCUCAGCUAUCCCCUCCUGUGGUGUCCCCCAGGGGUCUGUACUUGGCCCAACUCUCUUCUCCCUGUACAUGCUUCUGCUAGAAUCAAUCCUAAGGAAAUAUGGCUUCUCUUUCCAUUGCUAUGUGGAUGGCAUCCAGAUAUAUUUACCAUUAAAAGCAACUGGAGGGAUGUCUCUACAACCACUGUUUGACAGACCUGAAAGCAUGGCUGGCGUGGAACUUUUUAAAGUUAAAUGAGGAUAAAACUGUGUGUGCUUUAUUUUGCGAUCUGGUGAAAUUUGCUGCUUUCAACCACGACUUAGGCCCCCUGGCUCAUCAUCUGAAGAUGACUGUAAAAACCCUAGGGGUAAUGUUUGACAGUGACCUAAGAUUCGACAAGCAGAUCAACUUGGUCGUACAAUCUAGUUUCUUUCACCUGAGGUUGCUAAGUAAAGUCAAGUCAUUUCUUUCUUUUAAUGACUUUGAGAUUGCAAUCAAUGCCUUCAUAACCUCUAGACUUGACUAUUGUCAUGCAUUAUACCUUGGUGUUAAUCAGUCAUCUCUCUCUCGUCUUCAAAUGGUCCAAAAUGCUGUGGCUCGUCUUUUUAAAGGUACCAGGAAAUCUGACCAUAUAACUCCGGUACUGGCCUUUCUUCACUGGCUUCCAGUCCAUUUUAGAAUUCAUUUUAAGCUAUUGAUUUUUGUUUUUAAGGCUCUUAAUGGUUUGGCACCGCCCUACCUCGCUGAGUUGGUGAGGUGGUGUGAACCGACUAGAUUACUCAGCUACUCGAGCCAGUUUCCUUUAGAGGUUCCCAGGGCCAGAUA